AUGAAGCUUGCUUUCAACUUGUCUCAAGACGAAAACUAUCGCCGGAUCAAAGGGUACCUGCUGGACGGAACCCGCGCUCUCCCCGGUGCCACUGGGCGGUAUCUCAUCCAAAAGGUUCCUGUCGUUCAAUGGAUCGGGAACUAUUCUCCUAGCUGGAUAAUCAAUGAUCUCAUUGCUGGCUUGACGGUGGGAGUUAUUCUGGUUCCGCAAGCGUUGGCCUACGCAAAGAUUGCUGGUAUUCCACUUCAAGAUGGACUUCUUGCUAGUUGGCUGCCAUCUGGGUUGUACUUUAUCAUGGGAACAUCAAAGGAUAUCAAUACUGGUCCUACUUCUAUUAUCGGCCUCCUAACGGCACAGAUCAUUAAGGAAGUUUCCUCAGAGGGGUUCACACCAACUGCAAUUGCCGUGGCUAUCUCCUUCUCAGUUGGGAUAUACUGCUUCAUCAUGGGAAUGCUGAACCUGGGCUUUCUGCUGGAAUUUGUUUCCCUUCCCGUCCUCACGGGCUUCAUCUCAGCUGCAGCCAUUACAAUCAUACUUGGGCAAGCACCUGCCAUCUUUGGUGAAACCGGCGUCGGGACAGGAACUGCCAACCAAAUCCACGACAUUUUCGCCAAACUCCCCCUGACGAAGCCAGUCACAUUGGCCGUCGGCUUGGGCAGCAUGGUUCUCCUCGUCAUGCUACAAGUGUUGGGUCAACGUCUGGGAAAAAAGAACAAAGCAGUUUGGAUCAUCUCUAUCGGCAGAAAUGCCCUCAUCAUCAUCCUAUUCACAAUUACCAGCUUUUUCCUUAACCGAAACCUCAAAACACCACUCUUCGACUUAACAGGAAAAAUCCCGUCUGGUUUGAUUCCCCCUAAGACACCUGACCUAGCACUGGUCAAAAGAGUCUUCGCGCCCAGUGUCGCUGUCUUCCUCGCCGCCUCUCUCGAACACAUUGCAAUUGCCAAGUCCUUCGGCCGCAAGAACCACUACACAAUUUCAGCCAACCAAGAGUUGACCUUUCUCGGUGUCGCAAACCUCGCCAAUAGCUUCUUCGGCGGUAUGGCCGUCGGCGGUGCCGCAUCCCGCACAGCGGUCAGCUCAGAAUCGGGCGUCAAGUCCCCUUUGUCCGGAAUAGUCACGUCGGCUGCAGUGCUAGCGUCCAUCUACUUCCUCACCAACGCGCUGUUUUGGAUCCCGAAAGCGACGCUAAGUGCGGUGAUCAUCGUAGCUGUGUGGCAGAUUGUCGUUUCACCCUCGGUCUUUAUCUCCUUUUGGAAAACCUCUUUCACGGACUUCGUUGCUUCUCAGAUCGCGUUUUGGGUUACGCUCUUUGUAUCUGCUGAGUUUGGGAUCGAGUCAGCAACUGCGUUCAUGGUUGCUGUCAGUGUUCUGCAGACUGUCUUCAGCAAGGGGACGACGGUCACGAGCAAGAACUUCACGGAAGUGUAUCCGCAGCUUGAGGGUGGUUAUGGCAGACAACAUGUUCAGAUGGGAACGCAAAUCGUGCGGUUUGACUACCCAAUUAUCUUCGUCAAUGCUUCAAGGGCCAAAGAGUCAAUUCUUGAUGCGGUGCAGACGUGGAAUCUUGGAGCCCCCCCCCCCUUCUCGGAUUCGGCGUCCGGGAAUCCGGAUCGCCUUUGGAAUGAACUUGGUGCUAAACGUGUCAAGUUCCUCAGACAGAAGGCGAGAAUUCAACCCCGCGAUGAGGAAUACUUGCCCCAAAUCCGAGCUGUGGUAUUGGAUUUUCAGGGAGUGAGGUACGUUGACGCCACCGGGAUUGAGGCGUUGAAGGCUAUGAAAACCGAGUUGCGGACUUACGCAGGCGAGGGGGUGGGAAUUCGAUUUGUGGGACUAAGAAAAUUGCUUGUGGGGAAGUUUGAGAGGGCAGGGUGGUCUUUUAUAGACCAAGAGGAGGUUGGGGGCAGUGCAGAAAUUGGAAAUAGGGUCGUGCUUUAUCAGCGACUGAACGAGGCAAUCUAUGCCCAUGGAAAUGUGUAUGAUCACGAUUCUCACAAGAAAGGAGCAAAGGUUGAACUAGAGCACACCCACUAA